AUGAAUAAAACUACUAACAUAUAUAUGGAUUUUUAUCAAAAAUCCUUUCCAUACGUGAAAAGUGGUAAUUAUGCGAAUUUCGAACAGAAAGAUGACAUUAGUUCGUUAAACCUGAGUGGACCUGAGUUAAACAGUUUGGGUUACGCACUCUUUCGAAUUAUAUUUUCGGCGGGUAACUGGUGCAAACCACUUAUUCUUCAGAAAUAUAAGAUCAAGAGAUUAAAGAAAGCUCACUAA